AUGCCAUUCCAAGUCAAGGACAAGACCGAGCGCUUCAAGCUCCCUGCACUCUCAGGGGUCCCGAAUGUGUUCUUCAAUGACCUGCUCGGGACUGAAAGGACGGAUGUCGCUGAUCCCAUCGUCGGCGCCUGGUUCCGCAUGGAGAAGGGGCCAGAGGCGACGCCGCCAACAUACAAGUAUGAUGAGUUUGGCGUUGUCAUUGAAGGGGAAUUCAACUUCCGCGACGAGACAGGCAAAUCCACCACGGUGAAGGCGGGAGAUGUGUUUUUUUUCACCAGGGGAAGCACAAUUACCUUUUCUUCCGACAGCUAUGGGCUUGCAGUGAAGUGUCGGACGGAGCGAUUUGCGAAGCUGUAG